CCCAGGGCGGGCGUCCGAUGACGUUGUUGAGCUGCCCGGAAACCCAGCACGUGUGGCUCCUUCCCUGGCCCCGGCCAUGGGUCGCUCCCGCCGGACUGGCGCGCACCGAGCCCAUUCCUUAUCCCGCCAGAUGAAGGCCAAGCGGCGGCUGCCGGACCUGGAUGAGAUUCACCGCGAGCUGCGGCCACAGGGGCCAGUGCGGUCCAAGCCCGAGCUGGACGCAGAGCCCGACCCGGAUCUGCCCGGGGGCGGCCUGCAUCGCUGUCUGGCCUGCGCGAGGUAUUUCGUCGAUUCGGCCAAUCUGAAGACCCACUUCCGGUCCAAAGACCACAAGAAAAGGCUGAAGCAGCUGAGCGUUGAACCCUACAGUCAGGAAGAGGCUGAGCGAGCAGCGGGUAUGGGCUCCUAUGUGCCCCCUCAGCAGCUGGCAGUGCCCACAGAAGUGUCCACCGAGGUUCCUGAGAUGGACACAUCCACCUGACACGGCCUGAGGUUGCAGGGUAGAAGAACUUCCCAUGGACAGUGGUUUGAAGACUAGGCUGGGAGAGUGUACUUCUGGGCUCUGGGUUUGGGGGCCUGACCUCUCCUGGAUAGCCUGUCCCCAAUAAAGGAACCAGACAAAGAGGGCUUACCUCUGA